AUGUACGUCCAUUGGAUUUUCCUGAUCUACAGCGUUACCCUGGUCUGCUCGAAAUGGACUCCGGAACGCAUAGUGGGAGGACAUUCGGUGUCGAUUGAAGCGGUUCCCUGGCAGGCUUCCCUCCUUAAAAAUGGCAUUCAUGACUGCGGCGCGGUCAUAUAUAGCGAGAAAAUAGUUCUAACGGCAGCUCACUGUGUCGAUAGUCCUGAUACUUUCCAAGUGAGAGUGGGCUCAUCGAUUUCGAAUUUCGGUGGUCAAGUCGUGAAUGUCUUGCGCAUCAUAAAACAUGAGCAGUUUGGGCGUUACUAUGGAAUAUCACAUGACAUUGCAGUGAUCAAACUUCAGACUAGUCUUCGAAUGGGCUGCGGUGUGAGCUCAAUUCCUUUGGCCAAUAGUUAUCCGCGACCUGGAUCAUUAGUCUCGGUUUCUGGAUGGGGACGGACCAGAACCUAUGGGAAGGGUUCUGACUUUCUAUUAGAGACCACGGUUGCCAUUGUUGAUCAGAAUGCCUGCCGAAAUUCAUACUAUGGUCAAAUCACCAAGGAAAUGAUCUGUGCCGCUGCUCCGGGGAAAGGUGUCUGCAAUGGGGAUUCAGGAGGUCCUUUGGUGUUCAAUGGCACACUGGUAGGAAUAGUCUCUUUCGGAGGAAUAUGUGCUCAUCCAUAUUUUCCUGGAGUCUAUGCUAACGUUGCUGAGCUCAGGCCUUGGAUAUUAAGGGCUAUUCAAAGACUUUAA